GCCAGGCGUGCUCUGAACCGAGUCCAAACUCCAUGCAAACGGCGCACAACAAACUUCCGCUCUCUUCCCUUACCCGACUCUGGCCCUCCUAUGAGCCCGAUUUAACAGAAACUGGGCGGUGAGAAGUUCCUUGUGACACUCUAAUCCCAACCUGCUGACUGAACCACGCCUCCAGUGGAGCCUACCUUCAGAGCUCCAGGACGAUCCAGGUACCAGGUGGCCCCAAGGAUGAGCUGCUGACCUGGUAGGGAAGGGGACACCUAAAGAGGACAGGACAGAGGAAGCAGGCCCUUCUUUACCCAAGGACUUAAGAGUCUUCCAGAGACAGUAUGUCAGAGGGGGUGGGCACAUACCGUGUGGUCCCCGAAGAGGAACAGGAGCUCCGUGCCCAACUGGAACAGCUCACAACCAAGGACCAUGGGCCUGUCUUUGGCCAGUGCAGCCAACUGCCCCGCCACACCUUGCAGAAGGCCAAGGAUGAGCUGAAUGAAAGGGAGGAGACUCGUGAGGAGGCUGUGCGAGAGCUGCAGGAGCUGGUGCAGGUGCAGGCGGCUUCUGGGGAAGAAUUGGCCCUGGCCGUGGCCGAAAGGGUGCAGGAAAAGGACAGUGCCUUCUUCUUGCGCUUCGUCCGUGCACGGAAAUUCAACGUGGGCCGAGCCUAUGAGCUGCUCAGAGGCUAUGUGAACUUCCGGCUGCAGUACCCUGAGCUCUUUGAUAGCCUGUCCCUGGAGGCUGUCCGCUGUACCAUUGAGGCUGGCUACCCUGGUGUCCUUUCCAGUCGGGACAAGUAUGGCCGAGUGGUCAUGCUCUUCAACAUUGAGAACUGGCAAAGUCAUGAAAUCACCUUUGACGAGAUCUUACAGGCCUAUUGCUUCAUCCUGGAGAAGCUACUGGAGAAUGAGGAAACUCAGAUUAAUGGCUUCUGCAUCAUUGAGAACUUCAAGGGCUUUACCAUGCAGCAGGCUUCUGGGCUCCGGACUUCUGAUCUCAAGAAGAUGGUGGACAUGCUCCAGGAUUCCUUCCCAGCCCGGUUCAAAGCCAUCCACUUCAUCCACCAGCCAUGGUACUUCACCACGACCUAUAAUGUGGUCAAGCCCUUCCUGAAGAGCAAGCUGCUCCAGAGGGUCUUCGUCCAUGGGGAUGACCUCUCUGACUUCUUCCAGGAGAUUGAUGAGAACAUCCUACCCUCUGACUUUGGGGGCACACUGCCCAAAUAUGAUGGCAAAGUGGUUGCCGACCAGCUCUUUGGGCCCCGCGUCCAAGCUGAGGACACAGCCUUCUGAGGACAUCUCCUGCCAUCUGAACUGUAGUUAGGAUCCCUCGGCCUCCCCUCAGUUGUCCUGGCCCAUGGCUGAGAAAGGGCUGCCUGAACGGACUAUGUGUCCCCUAAGCUUCGGUGAGGUCAGGUGUCACCUUCUGUCCAAGUUGGGGGAGCAGUACAGAAGGGGAAAUUCUCAUGAACAAGAA